AUGGCCUCGACAGCCCUUGAUAUGGAGACAGGCGCCCGCCGGUCGGCCUCCGUCAAGGAGACCAAGGAGAUCGCCCCUGGGACUGGCUCCCCCGAGGAUGUCUCGAUCCGCAGCAUUCCCGGCAGCGACAACACCCACCGGACCCUCAAGUCGCGCCAUAUCCAGCUGAUCGGCAUCGGUGGUACCAUUGGUACUGCCCUGUACGUCCAGAUCGGCCGCGGCUUGAUGAACGGCGGUCCCGGCAGCCUCUUCAUCGCCUUCACCUUAUGGUGCACCUUCAUCCUCGCCGUGACCCUAUGCAUGGCCGAGAUGGUGACUUACCUCCCCAUCUCGUCUCCCUUCAUCCGUUUCGCCGGCCGUUACGUCGACGAGGCCUUCGGUUUCGCCGCCGGAUGGAACUUCUUCGUUUUCGAGGCCGCGAUGGUGCCCUUCGAGAUCACCGCUUGCAACGUCAUCAUCCAUUACUGGAGUGACGCCGUGCCCGCAGGCGGCAUCAUCGCCAUCAUCAUCGUCCUCUAUGGCAUCAUCAACGUCCUAGCCGUCAAAUGGUACGGCGAAGUCGAAUUCUGGGCCGCCCUCGGCAAGAUGCUGCUGAUCGUCGCCCUGAUCAUCUUCACCUUCGUCGUCAUGCUCGGCGGCAACCCGCUCGGCGACCGCUUCGGCUUCCGGUACUGGUACGAGCCCGGUGCCUUCGCCGAACUGUACCACACUGGCAGCCUCGGCCGCUUCAUGGGCUUCCUGCAGUGCCUCAUCCUCGCCUCCUUCACCAUCGCGGGGCCCGACUACGUCUCCAUGGCCGCCGGCGAGUGCGAGAACCCGCGCCAAGUCAUGCCGCGCGCCUUCAACGCCGUCUUUUACCGGCUGACGGCCUUUUUUGUGUUGGGGUCGUUGGCCGUGGGGAUCCUCGUGCCGCAUAACGAUGAGGAGAUGAAGGCGGCUUUUGAGGGGGGUGCACCCGGCGCGGCGGCCUCGCCGUAUGUCGUGGCCAUGAACCGGCUGCGGAUCCGCAUCCUGCCGGACAUUGUCAACGCCAUGGUGUUGACGGCGGCGUUUUCCGCGGGCAACAGCUACGUCUACUGCGCGUCGCGCUCGCUGUACGGCAUGGCACUGGAGGGCAAGGCGCCGCGGGUUUUCCUCAAGUGCACGCGCAACGGCGUGCCCAUUUACUGCGUCGGGCUGGUGCUGGCGAUCGCUUUCCUCGCCUUUUUGCAGGUCUCGAAUGACGCCGCCAUCGUGCUGCAGUGGUUCGUCAAUCUGGUCACGGCCAGCCAGCUGAUCAACUUCAGCGCCAUGUGCGUCACCUACCUGCGCUUCCACGCCGCCCUGAAGGCCCAGGGCAUAGACCGGAGAUCGCUGCCGUACCGUGCUUGGUUCCAGCCCUUCGCGGCCUGGUACGCCCUGGUCGGCACCUUCGUCAUGACCUUCAUGGGCGGCUACAUGGUGUUUUUGCCGGGGAACUGGAACAUCCCGACCUUUUUGUUCUCAUACACCAUGAUUGCUAUCUGCCCGCUGUUGUUUCUCACUUGGAAGCUGGUGCACAAGACCAAAAUCCACAACGCCCACGAGAUCGAUUUGCAGAAGAAUAUGGACGAGAUCGCAGCCUACGAGCGCAGUUAUGUGCCAAGCAAACCAGCGUAA